AUGUCGCUCUCCAAAGUCAAGCACAUCGUUCUGGUGCUCUCAGGCAAAGGAGGCGUCGGCAAGUCCUCGGUAACAACGCAACUGGCAUUAUCGCUUUCUCAAGCAGGUCACUCCGUUGGUGUCCUAGAUGUCGACCUCACCGGACCCUCAAUACCGCGCAUGUUUGGGAUCGAAGACGCGAAAGUUACACAAGCCCCAGGCGGAUGGCUGCCCAUCACCGUACACGAAGCCGACCCAUCCACAGGUAUCGGCUCACUUCGAGUCAUGAGCCUUGGGUUCCUCCUCCCCCGACGAGGCGACGCCGUCGUAUGGCGCGGGCCCAAAAAGACAGCGAUGGUGCGGCAGUUCCUGUCAGACGUGUUCUGGGAUGAACUCGACUACCUUUUGAUUGACACGCCGCCGGGGACGAGCGACGAACACAUAUCGUUAGCCGAGACGCUCCUGCAGAAGGCACAUCCAGAACAGCUCGCUGGGGCAGUGGUCGUGACGACGCCCCAGGCCGUGGCCACGGCUGAUGUCAGGAAGGAGCUCAAUUUCUGCACCAAGACGGGGAUCCGCGUGCUCGGCGUCGUCGAGAACAUGAGCGGGUUUGUGUGCCCCAACUGCAGCGAGUGCACAAACAUUUUUAUGAGCGGUGGCGGGGAGGUUAUGGCGAAGGACUUCAACGUCCGGUUCCUGGGGCGCAUCCCUAUCGACCCUCAGUUUUUGGUGCUCAUCGAGACUGGGAAAAGUCCGCGGUAUCCAGAAGGGACCUCGGUCAAUGGGCAGGAUAUUUCUUCAGCAACUCAAGUCGCUGCUAACGGUGACGAGACGCGGGAUUCCCGGCUCCUGGUCUAUAAGUACAAGAGUUGCUCUCUUGCCCCCAUUUUUGGUCCUAUCACGGCCGAUAUCAUUGCCGAUGUUACAAGGUAG